AUGUUUCCAGCUCAAUUAUAUCCCCUCGCAGAUAAAGCUACUUUGCUUAAAAACUACAAAGGCAAAAAUGUUGAAGACCUUCCGACGCCAUCUUUCGUUGUUGAUCGAGGAAUCUUUCAUAGGAAUUGUGAGAGGAUGUUAUCCAAUGCCACGAAAUUGAAAGCGGAUUUCAGGGCACAUGUAAAAACUCAUAAGACCCUAGAAGGCACUCGCUUGCAAUUGGGUACUGGCUCUAACACGACGGACAGAAUCGUCGUAUCAACUCUACUGGAAGCUUGGGGACUUAUGCAGUUAGUUGAGGAUGGUCUUAUCAAGGAUAUACUAUUCAGUUUACCUGUCGUGAAAUCAAGGUUAGGAGAAUUAGCAGCUUUGUCUUCCAAAGUUCAGAACCUUAGAUUGAUGCUAGACAACGUCGAGCAAUUGGAUACGUUAUCAGAAUAUAACAAGCAGAACCCUGGUACUAAGAAGUGGUCAAUAUUUCUCAAAAUUAAUAUGGGUACUGACAGAGCCGGUUUGGUGACUAAAACAGAUAACUUAGACGAAACUUUAAAAAAACUAUUGACCGACAAUGAUACGAAAGACAAUGUUGAAUUAUAUGGGUUCUAUGCGCAUGCCGGUCACUCAUAUUCUUCCGAUUCUCAACAGAAAGCGAAGACAUUUCUACUUCAUGAAAUAACUCAUGUAAAUGAAGCAGCUAAAGCAGCCAUUGAAAUUGAUCCCAGCUUGAAUAAUUUACAGCUUUCUGUCGGAGCAACGCCAACAGCUCAUGCCUCAGAAGUUUUAUCGAAUGAGAGCGUGAGUUCCUUAUUAGGAGAGGAAUUGAGUGGUAACUUGGAACUUCAUGCUGGAAAUUAUCCAUUUUGCGACUUACAACAAGUAGCCACAAAUUGUAUAGGGUAUGAAGAUGUUUCAUGCAAGGUUAUGGCUCAAGUUCUUUCCACGUACCCUAAUAGAGGAACAAAAAGACCUGGAGAGCAACUCGUAAAUGCUGGUGUUAUUGCUUUAGCUAGAGAAUUUGGCCCUAUACCAGGCCAUGGGAAAAUUGUUAAACCCAGCCAAUAUAAUAAUUGGAUUGUUGGUAGGUUGAGUCAGGAGCAUGGGAUAUGUGUACCUUUAGAUGAAUCAGUGAAGACAGAAUUUAUACCUUUAGACACGAUCGUGAGUAUCGUUCCGCAGCAUAGCUGUAUCACAGCUGCUUCCUAUCCUUGGUAUUACGUCACUGAUGGUUCCGAUGAAGUGGUCGAUGUAUGGGUUCCUUAUAGGGGAUGGUAA